UAUCAUAGUCCUGAAGAAAUGACAUUUUGUUCCAAUGUGCACAAUAGAGCCGUGGUUCUCAAACUGAGGUUCUACUCUGCUGGGGGGAAAAACAAUAGAUUCAAACGGUUUCCACUACAAAUACCAUUACAGACCAUCAACCGACUAUUAAAACUCACCAUUACUGGUCCUUAAUGGUAUCCACUAGAGAAAACAUGCCACCAAGGCAACAAAUUACCAGUAGAGACCCACAGAGACCAUUACAGUUUCCAUUAAAAACAAUACAAUUCCCAAAUGGGGGCACACGGUGGCUUAGUGCUUAGCACGUUCGCCUCACACCUCCAGGGUCGGGGGUUCGAUUCCCACCGUGGCCCUGUGUGUGCGGAGUUUGCAUGUUCUCCCCGUGCUGUGGGGGUUUCCUCCAGGUACUCCGCUUUCCUCCCCCAGUCCAAAGACAUGCACGGUAGGAUGAUUGGCAUAUCCAAAGUGUAUGAAUGGGUGUGUGAGUGUGUAUGUGAUUGUGCACUGUGAUGGAUUGGCACCAGCGUGUACCCCGCCUUGUGCCCGAUGCUCCCUGGGAUAGGCUCCAGGUUCCCCGUGACCCUGAAAAGGAUAAAGCGGCAUAGAAGAUGGAUGGAUGUACAAUUCCUAAUAUAACCAUUAAAACCAUUACAAAUACGAUGAGGGUUUCUAUUAUUGUUGUUUUUUCAGCACUAUUUAAAAAGUUCAUCAAAUAAAUCUGAACUGUGUGGGUCUGUGGAAUUUAUUUCACAGUUAAAAGGCUGCAAAAAAAAGUUUGAGAUUUAGAGGAAUGACAAUAAAAACCCAUUUGAAGACAAUAUCUUCUCAAGGUAAUGAUUCGAUUUGGAGUGCUUAACUACUACUACUAUUAUUAUUAUUAUUAUUAUUAUUAUUAUUAUUAUUAUUAUUAUUAUUAAAAGCGUAAAGCCAGAGAAAGUUUCAGAGAUUUGUGCAGAAGCGCAGGUGUAGAUGACCAUGACCUGAGCUCAGGUGAUGGUGAAUGAUGCGCGAGGCUCCUGUAGCUCAGGUGUGCUUCCAUAUAAUUGGUGGCAAAGGAAGCAGAGGUGCUAAAAUAGACUCCGAGGUAGAACAUUAAAAAAAAAAAAAACUUUCACGAACAGUUCUCCGAAAGACCAGAAAACCUUUACAUAUUCUCAGAGGAUCUAUAUCACUGUGUAACGGCUGAAUCCGUGCGGAUUGUGUCAGCACGAGGUGGGGGUGAGAAAGGGGUGGGGAACGAGACAGUGACUGUGUGUGUGUGUGUGUGUGCUCACGCGCGCACACCAAAUGUAUUCAAACCCUGCUGUCUACCCUCACCCCUCACUUUAUUUUCUCCUCCGGAACCGUCAACACCAAGUCUGGCACGCGCCGAGUGCGUGUCCUUCCCCCAACCGCGGCGUCUCGCGCAUCACUCCAGCAUCCUGUGGAUAGAGGACAGCAGCGUGUGGAGUUGAGGAGAGUCAUAUCUCACUCACGUCUCGCAGUUUUGCUCUCUACGCAGAAGGGUCACGCGGCAGAAAAGCAUCAUCUCUCAGCAUGCGUUACAGCUGACAGGCUGCGGCGUCAGGAUCUUCCAAACGCGUGACUGCUAUAAUUAAACGGAUCAGAACUUUGCAUCGGAAAGACUUGUGCGAAAUUCAUGAAUGGACGGGACGCUGAAGAAGAUACAGAUCCACUGACAACACCCUGAUAAUCCAGCUGCUUUCUCGCUCUCCGCUCACAUCAUAUCACAGCUGGAGGAGGCACAAGGUGUGAUUCAGCCUUGCGCUUGAUGAAGAUGAUGCUGAGUCCGGAUCAGACCGAUCCUGACCUGAUGUGGGCUCAGUCUGACCCGGAAACGGUGCUGAACGUCAUUAAAGUAGAGUGUAUGCCCAAGGAGUCUCCUCUGGCGGACGGGAAGCAGCGCGCGCUCGCGCCUCCCGCACUGACCCGCGAGGAAAAGCGGCGGAGGAGGCGCGCGACCGCCAAGUACCGACUGGCGCACGCAACGCGCGAGCGCAUCCGCGUCGAGGCCUUCAACGUGGCGUUCGCCGAGCUGCGGAAGUUACUCCCUACACUCCCACCCGACAAGAAGCUCUCCAAGAUAGAGAUCCUCCGUCUGGCCAUAUGUUACAUAUCUUACCUGAAUCACGUGCUGGACGUGUGAAGGAACCGGAGAACACCUUAACCAUUAAAACCAGUUCUAAUCUAUAAGACUAUUUUACACAGGUAUAAGAUCUAGUCUAAUCUAUAAGACUAUCUUACACAGGUAUAAGAUCUAGUCUAAUCUAUAAGACUAUUUUACACAGGAAUAAGAUCUAGUCUAAUCUAUAAGACUCUUACACAGGUGUAAAAUCUAGUCUAAUCUAUAAGACUAUCUUACACAGGAAUAAGAUCUAGUCUAAUCUAUAAGACUCUUACACAGGUAUAAAAUCUAGUCUAAUCUAUAAGACUAUCUUACACAGGUAUAAGAUCUAGUCUAAUCUAUAAGACUAUCUUACACAGGAAUAAGAUCUAGUCUAAUCUAUAAGACUAUUUUACGCAGCGUAAGAUGUAGUCUGUUUAUGAGAAUAUUGUUAUUGUAUGCCAGCUGUUAGAUGUAGACUACAGACAUAGGUAGGCCUAUGCAGAGUAGUAAUAGCAAUAUCUGUUGAUGGGUCUGAUGUCACCAAUAUCUGAUGGGUCAGAGAUAUUUAUCUAACUUCUGUGAAAUGGCCUACAGUUAAAUAGGCAUGCUUUAAAAUAAUAAUAAUAAUAAUAAUAAUAAUAAUAAUAAUAAUAAUAAUAAUAAUAAUCUCAGAUGAAUAUGGGGUUAGCAUCAGGAAAACCUCACACAGAUCAGACCAGCCUGAAGCACUGGAAGCAUCCUGCACAGAUUAGUCUCUAUUUUAAAAUGUUAUUUAUUCUCUGCUUGCGUUGUAAACAGACUUGUAGGCCUAUAUUUUAUGUGCGGUUGUGUUAUAAAGUUGGAUAAUUUAUUUUAUUGUUUGACUGUGCUCUUAAACUAGGCCAGUGCAAGGUGUUUAAUACUGUAAAUGUACAAUUAUUUAUAUCGUAAAGUCGUUGUGUUGAAAGUUUUGUCGUCGCUCUGAGCUCGCACAUUUGGAUAGUUAAUGCUAAACGUUAAGCCUUUAAUAUCAAUGAAGCAAGUGAUUAUAUGUGGUUGAUAUCUCCGUGGAAACAAGACGUGCUUCCUCUGUUUACAACGUGCUUACGGAUAGGCUACACGAUCUUUACACGUUUCUUUAUAUAACUCUGUGUGAUACGGCCUAGGAAAAGUGUGUUUGGGGAUUAAGCAAUUUAGUGUUUAGACAGAAUAAUUGAUUUCACGGAUCGGUAGUGAGCAAUACAAAAGAAGGCAAUAUUAUUGAAUAGCCCCAAGACUAUGUAAAUUCAAAAAAAGAUUCUUUCUCUGCAGUGAGCAAACGAUAAGGUUGUUUGUUUAUUUUUCUUUUACAGACAAGCUAUUUUCUACAUAUUAUUUAUGUACAUUUUCAUUGUUAGUCUUAAAUUUUAUAGUACAAAAUGAUUCAUAUCUGCUUUAUAGCCAAAGAUGCCCAAUUCAGGGCCUUGCGUGUCAUUUUGUAUUGCAAAAGAAAAACACUGAAUUUCAUGUCUUG